AUGGCACCUGCUGAGUCCUCAGAACCUGCGUUGAUGCCGGACGCAGAGGGUCGCCAGCGCGAAUCUUCAAUUUCUAUCAGUGGCUCCAAGCGUCCACGAUCCAGUCCUGGUGCCGACACGGCCGAGGCGGUAGAUGGUAGCAGCAGGGUCUCGAUGAAGGUUGAAGACGAAGAAAGCAUGGAGGUAGCUCCUCCGGCGAAACGCCGCAAGAAGAUUCCCAAAAAGGGUAACGGAAACUAUCCCGGUAUCACGUUCUCCCCAUCUUCUCGACUUCAGAGCAAGAUACAAGUCACCGACCUUCGCAACCUCAUUCUCUAUAUUCUUGCCGAUGGGACGGCGCCGCAGUGGGUUGCUGUCUCCCACCGGCCGCAGUUCACCAAGAUAGUUACCAUCAUGAUUCCUGGUCUCGAAGAGGCCAUGUUCAAGAAGGACGUCGACUUCUCCAAGUAUGAGGAGCACGAUCGCAGCACUCCCCGCAUAGAGACGUCCCCAGACGACUACUAUCCCAGGAAACUGGACCCUGAGGCCUUACCAGCGGCUGUGAGGCCGUUGGCAGACGUGUUCCCCCAUCUCUGGCCCGUGCGAGCUACCGCCGACGAGAGGGGUGCGGCACCCAGGAUUCAUUCUCCUGUGACCACCAUGCUCAAGCUUCCACUCCCAAAGACCAAGGACGACAAGUCCCGCAAAGGUCCGAAACCCCUACAGGAUCAACCGGGCUUCAAAGAUGUCCGCACUCGCAUCACUGAAUUCAUCGCCACGCCACAGGAGUAUCUUGAGCACAACUUCUCUCUGCACCCUGCAAUGCUUAAGGAUGAAGAGAGCCGCAAGACUUUCCAGGACCCCGAGGGAUGGGUUCACACCGAUGUUGCGACCCUAGAGGAUGGUACGGUUCCAGAAGCAGACAUACAGCAGGGUAGCAUCACGGCGGGGCGUGAGGUAUUUGCCAUCGACUGCGAGAUGUGCCGCACAGGACCGACGAAUCACGAUCUUUCCUUGACGAGGGUUACAAUCUUAUCCUGGGACGGUGAGGUGGUUAUGGAUGAGCUGGUCAAACCAAGCCUGCCCAUUCUCGACUACCUGACGCAGUUCUCCGGCAUUACGAAAGAGAUGCUCGAGCCUGUCACGACUACGCUGCCCGAUAUCCAAAAGCGUCUGCUUGAGCUCCUGACCCCAAGAUCAAUUCUCGUCGGACACUCUCUUGAUUCAGAUAUGAAGGCUCUUCAACUGGCCCACCCAUUUGUCGUCGACACAUCUAUUCUGUUUCCAAAUCCAUCCUCCCCCAACGGCAAGCACUCCCUCAAGCACCUUGCCUCGAAGUACCUCGGUCGCCAGGUUCAAAAGGACGAGGGCUCCUUGAAAGGUCAUGACAGCUACGAGGAUGCCUUGACGGCUCUCGACCUGGUCAAGAAGAAGUGCGAAAAGGGCAAGGAGUGGGGUGUGUCGGGCGACAACAAGGAAAGUAUAUUUAAGCGUCUGGCUCGCGCUGGCACGGCAUACCGAGCUCAGGGUGGCCCAGAGGCCAAGGGUGGCGUCGCCACGGGCAAAUCCUCUGCUGCAGUCGAUUGGGGUGAGCUGGGUUGGAAUCAGUAUAGCGACGCUGACCAUUUCAUCCCGUGCAAGUCUGAUGCAGAGGUCGAAGCCGGAAUUGUACGUGCAGUGGCAGGAGACGUUGACGGCAAGGAAAUUCAAGGCGGAGGCGUUGAUUUUGUCUGGGCUCGCAUGAGGGAGCUAGAGGCACUUCGUGGCUGGUGGAAUCGUAACAGGUCGCAGUCAAACUCGAACGGGCCGCCGUCUGUGGAUGAACUCGAGCGGCGUAUGAGACUUGGCAUUGUCACUGGGGAGGGUGCCACGAACGGAGAUGCGAACAAGGGGCCCAUUGAGGAAGCCAGUGCAGAUGAAAGAUGUCUUCUGGAAGUUGCAGUCGCCACUGUGACGCAGCGCAUUGGCCGUAUAUAUGCAGCCCUACCGCCAUGUACGGCACUUGUGGUCUUCUCUGGAACCGGGGAUCCGCGCGAGAUGGAGCGUCUCCGAGCACAGCAAGCCCAGUAUAAGGCGGAGUAUAACACGCCUGGCAUGAAGUGGGAUCAGCUGUCAGUCCAAUGGACGGAUACCGAGGAGCAGGGACUGAGAAAGGCUAUCAGAAGUGCCAGGGAUGGGAUAGGAUUCAUCACCGUGAAAUGA